CAGAUCAAGGACAUUUAAAAAGAUAUGACGCAUUUUAUGCUGUAUUGAUUAAAUCGCCUGUUACCUGCGAACCUGAGAUAAUUUUUCUAUGAAUGGCCGUAUUGUGUCAGCUGCAGCUGUUACUUUUCUGUUGAUUAAGGUGUUAUCAAACCCAUUGGAGAGAAAUACUUUCUUUUUUUGCUCAGGUGAACUUCAGCAAACAGCAUGAUUACAUAUGCUCUGUUUCUCUUAGCUUUUGUUCAAUUUCACAGUUGCGAAAUUCAAUACAAAAAUGAUAUUUUAUAUUUUCAUCGAGAUCCAGAUUGUUACCGAAAUGUGACAUUGUUAAUAUCAAGCAAAGGUUAUCCUGUUCAGGAUUACACAGUUCAGACAAAAGAUGGUUACUUACUCUCUGUACAAAGAAUACCUCAUGGCAGAGGUAAUAAAAAACAAAAUAAGCCAGCAGUUUUCCUGCAGCAUGGUCUUUUAUCUUCUUCUACUGACUGGGUUAUGAAUUUUCCUGAGCAAAGCUUAGGAUUCAUUUUGGCUGAUGCAGGAUAUGAUGUUUGGCUUGGGAAUAUUCGAGGCAAUACAUAUUCAAGACGCCACAUUAAGUAUACUCCAGAUAUGAAAGAAUUUUGGGCUUUUAGUUUUGAUGAGAUGGCAAAAUAUGACUUACCUGCUAUGAUUGACUUUGUGUUAAAUACUACAGGACAAAAACAGUUGUAUUAUGUGGGUCAUUCACAAGGUACAACUUCUGCAUUUGCAUUACUAUCUGAAAGCCCAGAAUAUAAUAAAAAAGUAAAACUUUUCAUUGGUUUAGCUCCUGUAACUCAUGUUGGAAAUAUAAGAAGCUCUAUUCGUUAUCUUGCUCCAUUCACAUCAGAUAUUAAUUUCCUCUUCCGACUAUUAGGAAUUAAUGAAUUUUUGCCAAGCAAUGCAUUAAUGAGAUUUCUCAGUGCAGUAGUAUGUGAAACGAAAUUAAAGAUUGUUUGCGAAAACAUCAUUUUUCUUUUAUGUGGUACCGACUAUUCUCAACUAAAUGAGACUCGCCUUGGUGUGUAUGUUGCUCAUACACCAGCUGGUGCAUCUUCUCAAAGUAUUAUUCAUUAUGCACAAAUGAUAAAUUCAAAAACGUUCCAAAAAUAUGAUUAUGGAACUGAAGGCAAUUUAUUGCACUAUCAUCAAAAAACUCCUCCGCAGUAUUAUACUGAAAAUAUAACUACACCUGUCUCUCUUAUCUGGUCCAGAAAUGAUAAGCUGGCUGAUCCUGAAGAUGUUGCUAUCCUUCGGGGAAAGCUCAAGUCACUUGUAUCAAGCUCUUGUGUAAAUUUUGAUCGUUUUAAUCACUUAGACUUUGUUUGGGCUAUUAAUGCAAAAACCCUUGUAUAUAAUGAGGUUUUAGCAUUGUUAAAAAAAUACUCUACUCGUUAUUAGCAAUAAUUUUAUUCCUAAUAACGAGUCACAUGUAAACUGCGAUUAUCAUAGUAAUUUACAUGUGACGUUUUAAUAAAGCUUCUGGAAACGUUGGUCUAACGAUUACCUAUCCUUUCAACCAUUUGGUAACGUCCUCGUAACUGGGAUAGGUAAUCGUUAGACCAACGUUUCCAGAAAUGUUAUGCCGUUAAAAUUAUUUAAAUUAUAUUUUUUUGUGAUUAUAUCAGUCAGGGUACUGUCAGUACUAUUUUUAUUAUAAAUUAUGUUGUUAUUAUCAUGCAGAUGUUGUAAAAAGUGUUUUAAGAUUUUUAACAUUUUGAUUUUUUAUGCUUUUACAUUGCAAAAAUUAAUUUAUUUUGAAUAUGAUGGAAGCCUUUCUAACAGAGGUAGUUUCUCGCCAUUAACUAAAUUCAUGUAAACCUGUUGAGUGAUUUAAAUAUGUAAACUUUCAAAUAACUUUUAUUUACAUUUUAUUAAAACAUUUAGCUGUGAUAAGCUACUUUUUAGAUAGUCAUUUAAUUGCUCACUGCUUGUACAGUUAUUAUAUUUAUCAGAUGUGUUUUUAUAGGUCCAAAUGUUAAAUAUAACUUCCCUAUUUAUGUAUGAUUAUUUUACAUAAAAGAGGAGGGAAGAAAAGUGCCAAAGAUUUAUGAGAUUCCUGUAGUCACCAUAAAUUUAUUGCAUGUUUAACGAUCUUUUAUUUUAAAUAAGCUGUGCUUUUUAAACGUACAAAGAAUUAUUUAAUACAAAAUAGCUUUAUAUGUCAUUUUAUACAUAUAUGUAUGUAUAUGUAUUAAAUAUAAUCUGAAUUUUCUGUAAUAUGUAUUCUUGUAAUCAAAUAUUGCCAUAUAAAGUUUUACAGGAUAAAUGGGAAAAUAUUGCAAAAAUUCUAGACUUAAUCCUUAAACUUCAGUGGUAUGAUAUGCAUCUCAGGAAUAAAAGCAUCGAAUUUUGCCCUGGAAAAUAUCAUGUGUACCGUGGUGCCUUCAUUAUUUUCAGUGAAAAUAUUCAGCAUAUUUUAUUUUUAAUUACUAAUUAUUUCUGUAUAUAGUUGAUUAUGUAUUUAAAAAUUGUGUGCAAAACAUUAUGGAUCCAUUGGAUUAUGGGUUGAUUUAUGCAUCUAUUAGAUAUGACCAUAUGAAUUAAGCAUAAUUUUUUCUCAAUAUCGAUUAAAGGUCAAACAUUAAUAUAUUAUAUUUGUGCUUUAAAAUUUCAAAGCUUCUGAGUUUCAGUCUCUGAACUGGGGGGGGGGGAGAUUUUUCAAGACACAGUUGUUGUAUUCAUUAACAUGCUAAUGGUAACAUUUUACCUGCUAGAAUAAAAAUCCUGAUCCAGAAUCCCUAUGUAUAGUCGUAAAUAUUUGAGAUCUUUUACUAAAACCAUUUAAAGUAAAGUUUAUCUGUUUUAAAGAAAAGCUCAGUGCUUAGCAAAGUUUUUAUUCUGCAAUGGGAAAUCCUAAAAAUAAGAACAGAACUGAUGCUUUAGUAAACUGUAAAUUCACGAAAUCUUUUCAUUUUUAAAUUCUUUUGGAAAGAAUGCUGUGUAAAUUUAUAGAUUAAAAACUAUUACAAAUUUAAUGAAGUGAAAAGAAUUACAUUUUUAUAACAGUUGAAAACAAAUUAACGUACCUGAAUAUUUUAAGUGGUGUGAAUGUACUAUUUAAUGUAUUAAGAGCUGCUUGAAGUGUUUUCUGUUGCUUUUUUAAAUAGUUCAUCUAUUUAAAAAAGUCAAAAGUUCCAGCUUGCACAUUAUUUUGAUAAUUAAGUUUGUAUGAAUCGGAUAUAGUUAUAAGUUGUUCUGAAUGUUACUACUGAAUCAAUAAACUAUAAAGAUAUUGUUUCUUUA